AGCAUUACUCCCGAGCCUGCGGGCUGCAGUCAUGCGGCGCUGCGAGGCGUCGUGCUGCUGGCUGGCGGCGGCCAGCGCCUUCAUACCGGGACCCAAACACCCGGGCUGCCGGGACGCUUUCUGCGAGGCCCGGAUGGCACCUUUGAGAGCCCAGGACGCUGAAGGCUAUGAUGAGCAGCUCCAGACCGACACCCAGUUCCUGUGCUCAGACCAGAGGGUGGACGCUGAGCUUGUGGACAGACUGGUGCUGCAGCUCAACAGGAUCUACCCCCAGAUACUCAGUGACAAGGAGGCUUGCAAGUUCAGGAGGCUGAGUGUGCCCAUCAAAGUGCGGUUACCUCAGUUACUGAAAUACCUCUGUUGGAAAGGUGAGGAGGCAUGUCAUGAAUUCUACAGAGCGCUUCACCUCCACGCCGAGGACAUCUACUCUAGCCUGCCCACCAGAGCCAAGUUAAAAGAGAUGACUGAUGAUUCAGAAUGGACUCACAAUGUGGCAGCCCUCCAAGACCGAUAUGUGCUUAAUGACAAAGGACCAAUGUUCUUCUUGAGUUGCUUCAGUUUUGUGGUUGGUAUUGCAUUUCUCUACUAUUAUCGAGGUGAGUUGGCACAAUUCAAAUUGUUUUCAAGACCAUUUACUAUUUCCAGUCAGUGUACAUUUCUUAACAUGUUUUCUUUCUACCAACAGAGGGUCAAACACUGAGGUGCACCGGAGACUUUCUUCACUGCUCUGCAGCGAGACUUAGUAAAAAUGUUUUAGAAGUGGGAAAGCAAAAAUAAUGAGGCCGUUAAGAUGCUGAACUGCCUAAGAAAAGAACAAAAACCUGUGAGAUGAACCAGCCAUAAAACCUGCCUCUUUGCUGUGCCAAGCCAAUAUCAAUUGUAGUUCUCUAAGGAAUACCUUAUUGUGGCUCUAGCUAUAUUUGUUAUAGCGACACAACCGACACAAGGCUAUUGAGCUGUUUCAGCUGUCAUCAGGUGCGAGGUGGGGUACGCUGGAGAGGUCACCAGUUCAUUACUGGGCUACACAGAGACAACAAGCAUGCAGGAAUGGGUACAACAUGCAAACCCAAUGGCAAUGUUGAAAUCCCAUUCUGGUGUGGUGAUGAAGAUGAGUUUUAUUGCACAUAAAGAUUAUUCCACGCGUCUCUUUCCAGUUGAAAAAGGAAGUUUUAAAUGCACAGUACUGACUCAACCUCAGUGCAAGAAUAUUUUACUUCUGCAUAUGCUGUGCAUUAAAUAAUUACAUUUAAGGUGAUAAUUAUACGUUUCUUUCAUGAGAUCUAACUGUUAACUUUUCCUUGGAAAUGAUCAUAGCCUAACAUGUUCAUCGUUUAUUUGGUUCCAAAAGAACAAAGAUAAAAAGCUCCAUUAAGGUGAAUUAAAGUCAUUCAUAUUUUA